AUGAAACUCACUCUGGCCCUGUCUGCUGUCUUGCAGCUGGCCACUCUCGCCGCGGCCAACAAGGCCGUCGACGCCAUCAAGAUCAUCGCGCCCGGGUCCGUUAGCUGCCCGCCCAGCGAGGCCGCCGAGUGCCGCACCGCCGACCAGGCCGCGACGCCCCUCAUCAAGGCCAUGGCCGCCUACAAGCUCGAGACGGCCAACGAGAUUGCCGCCGUGCUGGCGCUCAUGGCGUUUGAAUCGGUCGACUUCCGCUACAAGCACAACGUCUACCCGGGCCGGCCCGGGCAGGGCACCGCCAACAUGCAAAUGGCAAACUACAACCUGUUGUACGCAAAGUCGCUCGACGGCGUCAAGGACAAGGUGGCCGACGUCGAGUCGGUCGACGGCCUGGCCCCGGACAAGCUCAACUACAUCCUGUCGCUGGUGCAGCCCGACGAGCACAACUUUGCGAGCGGGCCGUGGUUCCUGACGACGCAGUGCCCAAAGGCGGUGCGCGACGCGCUGCAGAAGAAUAUCGAUGCUGGGUUCGCGGCGUACAUGGCCUGCGUGGGCAUCGACAUUAUAAAUCAUCGUCCCAUACCCAAGCACCCACACGAGCCCGAGGACGAGGAUGACAUGCAGUCUGCGCGAGCUCACGGCGAUCUUUGCCUUGUCACGGGCAAUCCAGUGGAUGAUCCUGGCCAUAGCGAAGAUUGCCUUUUCAUCAAUGUCCAGGCUCCCUCCAAUGCUAAAGAAAAAUCCAACCUGCCCGUGUUCGUCUACGUCUCUGGGGAUGGGUACGAGAACACACGGGCCGAUUCCAACGUAAAUGCUACACAUUUGUUGGAGAACAACGGCAUGAACUUUGUCGUCAUCACGUUUAACUACCGCGUUGGACCAUAUGGAUUCUUGAUCAAGGGCAAUAACACCAGCACCAACAAUGGAAUCAGGGAUCAGGUCAAGGCUCUGGACUGGGUGAACAAUUUCAUCCAUCACUUCGGUGGCGAUCCCAAGCACGUUGUCAUUGGAGGAUCUGGCAUUGGCGCGCAAAAUGUUCUGAUUCUUCUUACCAUGCAAAAGAGCAGUAAUCAUCGCUUCACAGGCAUCAUUGCAGAGUCUCCUUCAUUUGCCCCGAUGCUUAACAUGACCGAAGCAGACGUGCGAUACCGUGAGUUCGUGAAGCAGGUGGGUUGUGAUGGUACAACAGAGUACGGUCUUCUUUCCAGAUCGCCGAUAGAAAAUGGCGAAGACUCUAGCCUCGAGUGCAUGCGCAAACUCUCCGCCGAGGAAAUCCAGGCUGCGAGCCGCAAUGCGACCUUAUCCAACCUCAAGGUACCACCUUGGGACCCGUGGCUGCCGCUCAUCGACGACGACGUCAUCGUCGACACCAUCUCCAACAACUUCGGGCAGAGUCACUACGCCAGAGUCCCGUUUAUGAUCGGCAACAUUGUCAACAAUAGCCCCGAGUUUGCGUACCACCGCGGCUCCACCACGGAAGACUCCAUCGAGUACAUGCACGCCCUGUACCCCAACCUCCUACCAAAGGACUUGGAGGAGAUUGGUCCCAUGUAUCCCAAGCACACGCUCAAACACGGCCAAGGGCCAGAGACCAUCAGCAACGCUCAUCAGGAUUCGCGCUACACUUGCCCCGCCCUGUUCGCGGCGGAAGUCAUGAAGCAAGAAGGCAUCGAUUCAGCCUGGCUCUAUCUCUGGCAAGUCGAGGAGCGGGAGAUUCAAGAUGCCGUCGUCCGCCAAAACAUCGAGACCGCCACGCUCUGGGGGCGACCCGCCGUCAGCUUCAGCCCAGGACGCUACAGCGAGGGCGGCGUCAACGAGGACGUCCCGUUUCUCAAGCAGCGAUACUGGACCAGCUUUGUCAAGUCGCUCGACCCGAACACGGACACCAAACGCAAGGACUCAUCGAAGGUUGGGCCUCACAAGGUCAAGCUUACCCAUUGGGAACGGUGGAGGCCACAAAGACGCGCACGCCUUGUCUUUAGAAAUGGCGGGGAAACAAAGGUUGAGGAUACCGGCCACCUCAGAUGGUCUUGUAGUUUCUGGAAGCGACUGUCGCCGAGAAUGCACAUUUAA